CAUCACCACCAUGAUGGACUAAACGACGCCGUGCGACGUGUUUCAUUUUUCCCAAACCUCCCUAAAAUCCCCAAUUCACCGAAACGUCCUUUAUCUCCCGCCAUCAACUCUAGCUCCGGCGACCUUCGAGUUCUCGGCUAUGGCUUCCUCGGCCACUCGGCGCACGUUAUUCACCGUCCUUACCCGAAGCCGAAGCUUCUCCUCUUCCUUCUCAUUUUCGUCGCCCGUUUCUUCUCGCCUGCGAUUCGCUUUUGCUCUGAUCAACAGACUGGGUCAAAUAGCCCCCAACGCAUUCAAUCUUCCUAUACGGUUCAAGACUUCGGGAUCUGGAUACUCUCCCCUCAACGAUCCUUCUCCUAAUUGGAGCAAUCGGCCUCCAAAGGAGACGAUACUCCUCGAUGGCUGUGAUUACGAGCACUGGCUGAUAGUAUUGGAGUUUCCAAAUGACCCUAAACCCUCGGAGGAGGAGAUGGUGAAUUCUUAUAUCAAAACUCUAGCCGCUGUUGUCGGAAGCGAGGAAGAGGCAAAGAAGAAAAUAUAUUCAGUUAGUACAACUACGUAUACUGGCUUUGGUGCCUUGAUUUCGGAAGAGCUUUCUUACAAAGUGAAAGAGUUGCCAGGGGUUCUAUGGGUUUUACCCGAUUCAUAUCUCGAUGUUCCAAACAAAGAUUACGGAGGGGAUCUGUUUAUUGAUGGAAAGGUCAUCCCCAGACCCCAGUAUAGGUACAAUGAGAGACAGCAAACAGGUAGAAAUAGGCCUCGCCCACGGUAUGAUAGACGGCGAGAAACUAUGCAAGUUGAACGGAGACAACCAAUUCAGAGACAAAGCUGGGGUCAAGACCAGAGAGAUCCAGUACAGCCACCACCAUCCAUGGAUGGCCAAAAUACAGCUCGAAGUGGCGUUGGAGGUUUCUCGACAAAUCUAGGAGAUUUUAAUAAGAGCAAUCCGUGAUUGAUGGAUGCAUGAAAAUGUGAAUAUUUAGUGAUUCAUCAAUGCAUGAAGACUACACAUCAUAUGUCGAGGUUUGUCAAGAUUUCUACCACUCCUUAAUGCAUUACUAAUCUAGGAGAGUUUGGAAUCCAACGCAUUAACAUUUAACAUUCUAAAUAUUCAAGUCAUAUAUUUCUAUAUAUCUAGCAUAUAAAUGCAUGAAAAUGUGAAAUAUUUAGUAUGUUGACUGGAAUCCUUAAUGCUGUAUCUGGAUCUUCUUUCAUUCGUUAUCAUUAUGUCCAGACAUCAAAACUAUUGGGAAUGAUUGAACUACAUUAAUCUUUCCUACUUGGAUGUUUUCUUGUUGUUUACCACCAGUUUGAGAAGUAACAAUGACCUAUGAAUUAUGAGAAUUUUGAUCUUGGUUU